UAUAAACAAAUAAAUAUUGAAAUGUCAGUAAUAAGAACGGCUCUUGGGAACUUUGUUAACUCUAAAAAUCCAGUAACGACCAGUAAUUACGACGAUCUGUGCUUCCUUGGGUUCUUUCAAUCUAAGCUGUAGCUAGCUAUGGGGUGUGGUUCAUCUUCGUCAUCUGGUACGGAACAGUCGAACAAAGUUAAAAACCAACAGGAUUUAAAACUGAACUAUGACGAUUUUAAAGAUAUAGAUGAUCAUGCAAGACAGGCACCAAGAUCUGUAGAAGAGUCGAUAGAAACGCUAGCUAAAUAUCUUGCCAAACCAGCAAAUAAUGAUAUAGAAGUUGUAAGAGCACUUUAUGUUUGGAUUUGUGAAAACAUCAGAUAUAACACCAAUGCAUUCUUUGGCGGGAACCUGUCAUCUCUAGACACAAGUGGAAAAGGUGUAUUAACCAGCAAAAGCAGUGUUUGUGCAGGAUAUGCAAACCUGUUGGAGUCCUUGUGCCAAGCACUUGAUAUAACUUGUAAACAUAUCAGCGGAUACGCCAAAGGAUAUGGUCAUAACCUUGGUGAAAUCAUUACCUUCAGCCAGGACACCGAUCAUGCAUGGAACGCCGUUCGUCUAGAAGGGGUAUGGAGGUUCAUAGACACUACAUGGGGUGCAGGUUAUGUAGACAAAAAUCAGGAAUUUAUCAAGAAGUUUAAUAACUUUUACUUUCUUACUUCCCCGGAAAAUUUUAUUUACGAUCAUUUCCCGUACUUCAACAGCAAUAUUGAAGAAAGUAAAAAGUGGCAACUUCUCGAAAAACCAAUUAGCAUAGAGGAAUAUGCAAAAAAAAUAAAACCUUCUAAAGAAGCACGACAAUAUGGCAUCAAAUUUUCUCAUCCAGAUGUAAUAAUUGAUCAUUCUCCAUGCACAAUUAUAGUAGAGUCAUCAGCUCAUCCAUUUCAGAACUGCUGGUUUGAUUUCUAUAAUGAUAAAGGUUCAAAAUGCACUGAUGCAGCUAUUAUGCUGUGUGCGGAUAGUAAAGAAUGCAAGACUACUGCGCGCCCUCAAUUCGGAGGAAAAUAUACACUUUGCUUGCAUGCAAAAAUAAAAGAUGAAAAUACAACAUUGGCCGAAUAUAUUAUUAAUUGUGGAACUGCAGAAUCAAAUUGGAAACCAUAUCCAAAUUACGGUGGGUUCUAUGGUCCAACGCUCAGUUUUACUGAAAGAGGGUUCGAAUCGUUUUGUAUAAAACCUAGUUAUACAUGUAAAGAUGGCAAAUUUCAUCUUUCAUUGAAGACAUCAUCAACUCCUGAGGUGCUCGUCCAAUUACAUGAUGCCGAAAAUAUCGACCAUAAGGAAAACCUGAUGGUAGAGCAAAAUGAUACUUCCAUCAAUAUAAGAUCACGUUUAUUGACAAAGGGGUACUAUAAACUUGAACUGUUAAGCAAAGUUGACGAAAAGUACACAUUGGCAUCUACAGUGCUUAUACUAAACACUGGUGAAUCGGAUUGGAAACCUUUUCCAAAAAACACCGGUCACUAUGGUCCAACGCCAGAUUUUACUGAUAGGGGAUUUGAAACUUCUUGCUUAAAACCCUUUUAUGAAUGUACAGAUGGCAAUUUUCAUCUUUCAUUGAAGACAUCAUCAACUCCUGAUGUUCUAGUUUAUUUGUAUGAUGCUGAAAAUGUCGACCAAAAAGAAAACCGGACGGUAGAGCAAGACGAGACUUCCGUCAAUAUAAGAUCACGUUUAUUGAAUAAGGGGUAUUAUAAACUUCAACUUUUCGUCAAAGUCGACGAGGUGUACACUUUGGUAUAUACAGUGCUCAUACUGAACACUGGUGAAUCGAAUUGGAAACAUUUUCCAAAAAACACCGGUCACUAUGGUCCAAAGCCAGAUUUUACUGAUAGGGGAUUUGAAACUUCUUGCUUAAAACCCUUUCAUGAAUGUACAGAUGGCAAUUUUUAUCUUUCAUUGAAGACAACAUCCACUCCUGAGGUACUCGUCCAAUUACAUGAUGCCGAAAAUGUCGACCAUAAGGAAAACCUGACGGUAGGGCAAGACGAGACUUCCGUCAAUAUAAGAUCACGUUUAUUGAAUAAGGGGUAUUAUAAACUUCAACUUUUCGGCAAAGUCGACGAGGUGUACACUUUGGUAUAUACAGUGCUCAUACUGAACACUGGUAAAUCGAAUUGGAAACCUUUUCCAAAAAACACCCGUCACUAUGGUCCAACAACGUCAGAUUUUACUGAUAGGGGAUUUGAAACUUCUUGUAUAAAACCCUUUUAUGAAUGUACAGAUGGUAAUUUUCAUCUUUCAUUGAAGACAUCAUCAACUCCUGAGGUACUCGUCAAAUUACAUGAUGCCGAAAAUAUCGACCAUAAGGAAAACCUGAUGGUAGAGCAAAAUGAUACUUCCAUCAAUAUAAGAUCACGUUUAUUGACAAAGGGGUAUUAUAAACUUGAACUGUUAAGCAAAGUUGACGAAAAGUACACUCUGGUAUAUACAGUGCUCAUACUGAACACUGGUAAAUCGAAUUGGAAACCUUUUCCAAAAAACACCGGUCACUAUGGUCCAACCCCAGAUUUUACUGAUAGGGGAUUUGAAACUUCUUGUAUAAAACCCUUUUAUGAAUGUACAGAUGGUAAUUUUCAUCUUUCAUUGAAGACAACAUCAACUCCUGAUGUUCUAGUUGAUUUGCAUGAUGCUGAAAAUGUCGACCAAAACGAAAUCCUGACGGUAGAGCAAGACGAGACUUCCGUCAAUAUAAGAUCACGUUUAUUGAAUAAGGGGUAUUAUAAACUUCAACUUUGCGGCAAAGUCGACGAGGUGUACACUUUGGUAUAUACAGUGCUCAUACUGAACACUGGUAAAUCGAAUUGGAAACCUUUUCCAAAAAACACCGGUCACUAUGGUCCAACGCCAGAUUUUACUGAUAGGGGAUUUGAAACUUCUUGCUUAAAACCCUUUUAUGAAUGUACAGAUGGCAAUUUUCAUCUUUCAUUGAAGACAUCAUCAACUCCUGAUGUUCUAGUUUAUUUGUAUGAUGCUGAAAAUGUCGACCAAAAAGAAAACCGGACGGUAGAGCAAGACGAGACUUCCGUCAAUAUAAGAUCACGUUUAUUGAAUAAGGGGUAUUAUAAACUUCAACUUUUCGUCAAAGUCGACGAGGUGUACACUUUGGUAUAUACAGGGCUCAUACUGAACACUGGUGAAUCGAAUUGGAAACCUUUUCCAAAAAACACCGGUCACUAUGGUCCAAAGCCAGAUUUUACUGAUAGGGGAUUUGAAACUUCUUGCUUAAAACCCUUUCAUGAAUGUACAGAUGGCAAUUUUUAUCUUUCAUUGAAGACAACAUCCACUCCUGAGGUACUCGUCCAAUUACAUGAUGCCGAAAAUAUCGACCAUAAGGAAAACCUGAGGGUAGGGCAAGACGAGACUUCCGUCAAUAUAAGAUCACGUUUAUUGAAUAAGGGGUAUUAUAAACUUCAACUUUUCGUCAAGGUCGACGAGGUGUACCCUUUGGUAUAUCAAGUGCUCAUACUGAACACUGGUGAAUCGAAUUGGAAACCUUUUCCAAAAAACACCGGUCACUAUGGUCCAAUGCCAGAUUUCACUGAUAGAGGAUUUGAAAGUUCUUGUAUAAAACCCUUUUAUGAAUGUAAAGAUGGUAACUUUGGUCUGUUUUUAAAGACAACUUCUACUCCUAAAAUUCUAGUUCAGUUGCAUGAUGCCGAAAAUGUUGACCAUAAGGAAAACCUGAUGGUAGAGCAAAAUGAUACUUCCAUCAAUAUAAGUUCACCUUUAUUUAAAAAGGGGUAUUAUAAACUUGGACUUUUUAGCAAACGCAACGAGAAUUACACAUUGGCAUAUACAGUGCUCAUACUGAACACUGGUGAAUCGAAUUGGAAACCUUUUCCAAAAAACACCGGUCACUAUGGUCCAACAACGUCAGAUUUUACUGAUAGGGGAUUUGAAACUUCUUGUAUAAAACCCUUUUAUGAAUGUACAGAUGGUAAUUUUCAUCUUUCAUUGAAGACAUCAUCAACUCCUGAUUUUCUAGUAUAUUUGUAUGAUGCUGAAAAUGUCGACCAAAACGAAAUCCUGACGGUAGAGCAAGACGAGACUUCCGUCAAUAUAAGAUCACGUUUAUUGAAUAAGGGGUAUUAUAAACUUGAACUUUUCGGCAAAGUCGACGAGGUGUACACUUUGGUAUAUACAGUGCUCAUACUGAACACUGGUAAAUCGAAUUGGAAACCUUUUCCAAAAAACACCCGUCACUAUGGACCAACGCCAGAUUUUACUGAUAGGGGAUUUGAAACUUCUUGUAUAAAACCCUUUUAUGAAUGUACAGAUGGUAAUUUUCAUCUUUCAUUGAAGACAACAUCAACUCCUGAUGUUCUAGUUGAUUUGCAUGAUGCUGAAAAUGUCGACCAAAAAGAAAUCUUGACGGUAGAGCAAGACGAGACUUCCGUCAAUAUAAGAUCACGUUUAUUGAAUAAGGGGUAUUAUAAACUUCAACUUUUCGGCAAAGUCGACGAGGUGUACACUUUGGUAUAUAAAGUUCUCAUAUUAAACACUGCUGAAUCGGAUGUGAAAUCAAUGUUUCCAAUUACAUACACAACUACGACAAAAUACUAAUGCAAGCUUUUUCAACCUUUAGUAAGAAAAUUGCCACCAAAUUCUGUAAUUUGCUUCGUGUUUAACUCUCCAGCUUUCGAAAGUAUUCUUGCAAACAAUAAAAUUUUCUCAGAGAAAAGUGGAGAAAAAUGGAAAGUGACAGUUACAACAGGGGAAAGUGGAGAAUUGAGUUUGUCAGGAAAACCUACUGGUGAAAGCUCAUACUGGCCAGUCUAUACAUUUGUGAUUAAUUCAUGAUAUUAUAUGUUAUAUUAUUCUCAUUUUCAAGAAAACAACUAUUAUUUUCAUGUUUUGAAAGUAGUUUCUUCAAUACAAUUUAUAAUUCUUUUUUGUCAAGUAUUUUUUUUUUCGAAAAGGGUCUUCGUUACAGACUUUAAUGCAGCCACCAUAGGAUAUCCGAUUAACAAUGUCUGUUGCUGUCACAUUUUUAGACGUAAAUAGAAAAAAUAAUAUCAAUGUGUGUUUGGUUAGUACAAUUACAAGUUUGCCAUCUACUUGCGACUACACACCAUGCACUGUGUAACAGUCCUACAUAAUCCAACGAGGAAAAGCUUGACUCGACAAACAAAUGUAUAAGGUUACAUUUUUCAAUAUCACAGCUGGCUAUAUAAUAUGUUCUAAUGCACAGCGGUGUUACCACUAUCGAUGUCAUAGAAGCAGGAGUGUCAAUCCUGUUGAUGGAAGAACACACAUUAACAAAUAUAAAUACUGUUGGUUAAAUUCCACUCUAAGUAAAUAUAACUAAUGUUGGUAACCUUGUCGUCAAAUAUAUUGAUGUAAAUAAUAAAAUAAAUAUUGAUGUG